GCCACCGGCCUCUGGGACAUGGGCCGGCGGAAGAGGGCGCGUUGGGGCCAGGCGUCGCUGUCGGCGCUGCUGCCCGAAAGUGCGCCGGCGGCCGACGGCGCGCAGCACAUGCAGCGCGAGCUGACGUCGCUCACCUCGCUGGAGGAGGCCGUCGCGCACGCGCCGCUCGGCUUCCGUGACGUGCACCACGUGACGGCGCUGCUGAUGAGCCGGGAGCGGCGCGCGCUGCUGCUGCUCUCCGACGACCUGGAACGCAGCGUGGUCAAGGCCAACAUGGAUCUGUUCACGACCAUGCGCACCAUGUUCGUGGACCGGCCGCGCCAAUACAGCAGUCAAGAGCGGCGCCACCUGCUGCGCCAGCUGCUGAUGGCGCAGCAGGUGGGGCUGCCGCUGAGCGCGUGCUGCAGGACGAGCUGCUGA